UCACAAAUUUAUUAGUGUGAAAACCUUUUUGGUAGUCAUAGUAGAAUUUUCUCAGAAAUCCCUUGUCACUUGCUCCACCCAUUAAUAUAAUAAUAAUAAAGCACAUGAUACCUCAAAACUUUAACCCUUACACAUUCCUCUUCCUUACCUUCUCACUCUACCCUCAUCUUCCCCUAAAUCCCUCUUCUAGAAGCUCAUUCCUUCCCAGAAUCCUUUACUCCACAUUCCUCAUCCGAGCUACUUCUUGGCCAAGCCAGGCUCCUAAAUCUUGCUAACUCGAUCAGGCAGAAGAAGGCUCUUGGAAUUAAGAAGGUCUAGGCUAGAAGGGAAAUGGGGCAAAGGGACAAGCAAGGAAAGCAAAGUUGGUAUUGUAGUUCAGAAACCCGCUUCUAGAGUUUGAAUUUGAAAAAUUUUGGAAAAUUAAUUUUUACCCAAAUGAGUGUUCAUUAGCUUUGAAAUGAUCUCUUGGAUGUAUUUAUCAGGGUUGAAAGAAUUCUGUGAAGGUGCAUUUUUUACAGUUGAAUAGAUGAGGAUCUUAAACUGUUGUGAUCACCAAUUCUUAUGUGCUAGUAAGAACAGAAUACCUCUCCUACCAUAUUCUUUUCUGUCAUUAAAUAUGGAGAUAAAGAUCUAUAUUAAUUGGAUUAUUUGUAAUUUUUCUACCAAAGCUAUUCAAUUAGACUGCUUUAUUUCAUGUUAAAUUAAUUUUCUCUCAGUUUUAAUGAAGGAAAUAACACCAAAAGAUCAUAUGUUCCACAAAAGUUGGUAAUUUUUACAAAUGCAAUAAUGCCCAAAAAGCCUAAUCAAGAAAGCUUCUUCUGUGGCACUAAUUUACCCUACUCUCCUCUAAAACUUCCUUUUUCGAUCAAUUUUGUUCAACCAGCUUGC